AUGGACCGGGCCGACGAGGCGGCAAGGGACGACAACGACAGGCGUGCCGAGGCUGACGACAAACGGAGGGAGGCAGCCGACAACGAACACGCCCGCGGCAUGGCCGACUCAUUCCUCGACAGGCAGGCGCAGGAGCUGGAGCAACGGCAGCAAGCGACGGCCGCGGCACCGGCACCAUUCAAGCUCUCGCUCGGCGCGGCGGCGCAGCGCAACCAGCAGAAGGCGGCCUCCAACAGGCGCACGAUUGCUGAGGUGGAAGGCCUGCUCGAUGACGAGGAGCAGGACGGCACGGCCAAGCGACAGCUCAUUCCAAUCCAGUUCGAGCCGACGACGGCGGCGGACAAGAUGACGGAAGAGGAGCUCAGCAAGGCGGUGCGCGCUCUGGCGCAGGAGAUUCCAUCGGAGAAGGAGGGCCUGUGGAAGUGGGACGUGCAGUGGGAACACCUCGACGACGGCAUCAUUCGCGAGAAGCUGCGGCCGUUCGUGGAGAAGAAGAUUGUCGAGUACCUGGGUGUGCAGGAGGAGCUUUUGGUCGAGGUCGUCGAGGAGCACCUGCGGAAGCACGGCAGGCCAGAGGACCUUGUGGAGGAGCUACGCGGGGCUCUGGACGACGAAGCAGAAGACAUGGCGAAAAAGCUUUGGCGCAUGGUUAUCUUCUUCACCGAGAGCGAGAAGCGUGGGUACCCUGCUUAG